AUCAACAGAAUAUUCGGACCGCAGAACGGCGACACAAUGCUGUUCGGUGUCUCAGAGAAGGAAUGUUGUACGUUUCCUUUUUUCCUCUCUUGUCACCCUCCGCUUUAACUAAUUUACCUUUAUACCUUUGCAAAUUAUAUGAAAGCAAUACCUGACCAAUAUCUCCAAUUUUCAUUCAUCUUCCAAACAAGUGGUGCAUUUAUUUGAACAAUUGCACAAAUUCUCAUUCAAUUUUUUUUCCUUUAAAUUCUCUUAAACGUGAUUCGUUACAGUUUGAUAAUUUUCAAAAAAAAUCAAAAUUGUAAAGAGAAGAAAAAAAAUUGUGGGACGAAUGGAUUAAUGAAGAACAAUAUUAAAAUGUGUUAAGUUGCUGAAAAUUGACCGUUUCUUUCAAUAAGUUUUCUUAAUUUGAAUUAUAAAAAAAGAUCGAAGAUGAGGUGUAUUAUCAUAAUUAUUGGCAUCCUGUCAUCGACUCUCGCUCAAGAUGCCAAUGAGUGUGAUAGAAAUUGGCAUAAUUUAGAAACCGAUGAAUCGUCAAGAUUAAAUUGCGGUCCCAUGUUCGAAAAUCGCUGUCAAUGCGAAAGAAUUUGUUAUGAACGGGAACACAAAUUUGUAGUCAAUUGCACCAAUGCUGGAUUCACAAGCACUGCAGCAUUAUCCUAUCUGCCAAAUAGAACUCAGGUUUUACUUUUUACGGGAAAUAAUAUCAAUACACUGCCGCCGAAUAUUUUUGGAACUCUCGAUUCGUUUCCAGAUUUGGAAAUAAUUGAUAUGUCAAAUAAUCAUAUUAAAAUAAUUAAAGGUCAAUCCUAUCAUCAUGUGAAAAAUGUGAGACGAUUAAUAUUGGAUUUUAAUGACAUUUCCUUGGAUCCUGUUAGAAGUCAUCCGAGAAUUUUUUCCAAUUUCAUUUCUCUUGAGGAACUUCAUCUCACCGAUGCUUUUGAAGAUUCACCGAAUCCAAAAGAUUUGGCUUCAACUCUUCACGAUAUUUUUGUGAAUAGCAAUUUGACAAAGUUACGAAAAUUGCAUUUGGAGCAAAAUGAAAUUUCCGAAUUUCGCGAUCCAAAUGUUUUCUGCGAUCUUUCGAAUCUUUGGGAUUUACAUCUUGGUGAUAAUCAAUUGACUGCUUUACAUUUUAAUUUAUCUUGUCUACAUAAUUUACGAUUUUUGGAUCUUCAACGAAAUAGAUUUGCAAAAGUUUUGGAACGUGAUUUACAUACAUUGGACACAUUUGCAAAACACAAUCAAUCUGUGACUGUUGACUUUGCACUCAAUCCAUUUGAAUGCAAUUGUAAAUUAAAUCCAUUCAUCAAGUGGUUUAAUAAGACGAAGAUCAGUGUGAGAAACAAGGAAGACUAUACUUGUAAAAAAGACGAUAGAGUGAAAAUUCAUCUGACGAAAGACUGCGCGCCAAUAUUGAGAGGAGUUGCCAGGCACUCGGGAACAACUGUUCUCGUUUGUUUAUUAUCACUUUUAGUGAUUUCGCUCGUUGGUGGAUUUAUUUACAUGCAACGAGCAGAACUGAAGAAGAAAUUCGAACCAGUGCUCGAUUCUAUGAAUAAAAGAGUGCGAUACACGACAAUAGCAACUGGUGAAACUAGAGAAGUAGACGUAUAAAGAAAACAUUCUCAAAAAAAAGGGAAAGAAAAUAUAUUUUCAAAAAAAGAAUUUACCAUUUUUUAACAAAGUUGGAAAAAAAAGAAUGAAACUAAGAAAAAAAAUUAAAAGAAGAUUAAAUCAAAG